AGAUAGAAAACCCCUCGUACAGAAAAAAGUUAUUCAUAUAUAACACACUAUAUUAGCAGUAGCAUUAUAUAUUGUAGGAGUUGCAUAACAUUUUCUUUCGUGAAAAUGUCGUUUGCCAAGAAACUGUUGCUCCAAAUUUUGUGUUGUUUUUCCUUGAUCCUUCUUAGUUCCCAAACACGGAGCCAUUACAGUUUUGUGGUGAGAGAAACACAGUAUACAAGACUUUGUUCCACAAAAAAUAUAUUGACUGUAAAUGGAAAAUUUCCAGGACCAGCUAUCAGAGUCCACAGAGGAGACACAAUCUUUGUUGAUGUUUACAACAAGGGCAACUACAAUAUUACUUUACACUGGCAUGGAGUGAAGCAAAUAAGGAAUCCAUGGACAGAUGGUCCUGCAUACAUCACUCAGUGCCCCAUCCAACCUGGAGUGAGAUUCAGACAAAAGUUGGUUUUUUCUACAGAAGAAGGAACCAUAUGGUGGCAUGCUCACAGUGACUGGGCAAGAGCCACUGUCUAUGGCGCUAUUUAUGUCUAUCCAACCAACAAUACUCCCAUCCCUUUUCCAAAACCGCAUGCAGAGAUUCCCAUCAUAUUUGGAGAAUGGUGGACGAGUGAUGUCAACGAGGUCUUCACACAAUUUAUGGAAACCGGAGGAGCUCCAAACACAUCUGAUGCUCUUACUAUAAACGGUCAACCCGGAGAUCUGUUCCCUUGCUCAAUGCCAGAAACGUUCAAGUUAAAUGUAGAGCAAGGCAAGACUUAUCAUCUCCGAGUUGUUAACGCGGCCAUGAAUCUCAUUCUAUUUUUCGCGGUUUCCCAACAUAAUCUCACUGUUGUUGGUGCUGAUGGAAUUUACACGAAGCCAUUGACAAGGGAUUUCAUUUGCAUUUCACCGGGACAAACAAUGGAUGUAUUGUUGCAUGCCAACCAAGAACCUAAUCAUUAUUAUCUUGCUGCAAGCGCAUAUUCAACUGGGGUUGGUGUUGCCUUUGACAACACCAUAACCACUGCUAGAGUUGAGUACAGUGGCAAUUACACUCCACCUUCAUCCCCUUCAUUACCUUCCCUUCCCAAUUUCAAUGACACACAAGCAGCUUUUGACUUCAUUUCAAGCUUGAGAGGCUUACAUGAGAGAUACCCUCGUCCAGUCCCAAUAAACAUCACAACUCAAAUAGUGACAACUAUUUCUGUUAACACUUUGCCAUGCCCCAAUGGCAGAACCUGCUUGGGACCAAAUGGAACCAUUUUCGCUGCUAGCUUGAACAACAUAAGUUUCCAAACCCCCAACAUUGACAUACUAAAAGCCUAUUAUAACCACAUCAAUGGGGUAUUCGAAGCGGGAUUUCCGAGAUUUCCACCGUUUCUAUUUAACUUCACCGGAGACUUUUUGCCUCUAACAUUGAACAUACCAAAGGAAGGGACUAAGGUUAAUGUGUUGAACUAUGGUGCAACGGUUGAAAUAGUUUUCCAAGGGACAAACGUUGUUGCGGGGAUAGACCAUCCGAUGCAUCUGCAUGGGUUCAGUUUCCAUGUUGUUGGAUAUGGGUUAGGGAAUUUCAACCGAAGCAAGGACCCCAUGAAUUUCAAUCUCGUUGAUCCUCCUUUCUUGAAUACAGUGAUUGUGCCUAUAAAUGGCUGGGCUGCCAUUAGGUUCGUGGCUACCAACCCUGGAGUAUGGUUUAUGCACUGCCAUCUAGAACGGCACCAAGCUUGGGGCAUGGAGACAGUGUUUAUUGUGAAGAAUGGAAAGCAUUCAAAUGAAACGUUACCACCACCGCCGUCAGACAUGCCCCAAUGUUGAAGAAUAUUCAUUCUAGAAUUUCUUUGUUCAGUGAAAUUUGAUAGAUUGAAAACAAUAAGUUAUACAUUUGUAUUACCGUAUCUUCUUUUAGUUAGAAGGAAUGCAUGUAUUGUGAAUUCGGAGAAAAAAGGUUCUGUACUUUGCUAUU